AUGCCUCAGGAAUAUAAAAGUUUUGUGCCAGUCUCUACCGUCUUUAUGCCUCAGGCCAUUGACUUGCGCCGGAAGUCGGAAUGGUACACCGUAGAUGCUUACCAUUUCGGGUUUAGCGGCAGCGCUGGGACAGAACCAGGAGUUCUCAACUUCGCACUUCCCGACCAGCGAGGCAUCUGCGUCUAA